CCUCACCCAGAGAGGGGUCCGGGUCCAGGGACGGCACUUGGUCACCAUGAAGCUGGAGUCUCCGGAAUUCCAGUCUCUCUUCACCCCAGGGCUGAAGAGUGUGGCAGGUAUCUGCCAAAUUGCACCUUGGCAACCCCUCUGUCUUCAGAUUAUAGGUAACACCUGUGCAAAGUUACCUCAGGCUGAUAGUGUCACAAAAUCUGAAGUUUAUGGGGCCGCAGGCAUGAAGUUACAUUUCACUCAGAGAACCUCUGUUACUGGUGGUGAUUUAUGAAAUGGAGAGAAGUAGGAGUCCAGGAGUUAUUUGAAAAGGAAAAGUAUGAAUUAAGAAUAGCUGGAGGUGCUGUCAGAGAUUUAUUAAAUGGAAUGAAACCACAAGAUGUGGACUUUGCCACCAUUGCUACACCUACUCAGAUGAAGGAAAUGUUCCAGUCUGCUGGUGUUCGUAUGAUCAAUAACAAAGGAGAAAAACAUGGAACCAUUACUGCCAGGCUCCACGAACAGAACUUUGAAAUUACCACACUUAGAAUUGAUGUUGUCACUGAUGGACGACAUGCAGAGGUGGAAUUCACAACUGACUGGGAAAAAGAUGCUGAAAGAAGAGAUCUUACAAUCAACUCUAUGUUUUUAGGUUUAGAUGGCACGCUUUUUGAUUAUUUCAGGGGUUACGAAGACUUAAAAAACAAGAAAGUAAGAUUUGUAGGACAUGCAAGCCAGAGAAUACAAGAGGAUUAUUUACGAAUACUGAGAUAUUUCAGGUUUUAUGGAAGAGUAGCAGAAAAGCCUGGUGACCAUGAACCUAAUACUCUGGAAGCAAUUAAGAAAAAUGCCAAAGGUUUGGCUGGAAUAUCAGGAGAGAGGAUUUGGGUGGAACUGAAAAAAAUUCUCGUUGGAAACCACAUAAAUCAUUUGGUUCGGCUUAUGUAUGAGCUUGAUGUUGCCCAUUAUAUAGGAUUACCUGUUAAUGGGAGUUUAGAGGAAUUUGACAAAGUCAGUAAAAAUGUUCAGAAUCUGUUUCCAAAACCAAUGACCGUUCUAACAUCACUGUUCAAGGUGCAGGAUGAUGUCAUAAAACUCGAUCUGAGGCUGAAAAUCUCAAAAGAAGAGAAAAACCUUGGCCUUUUUAUAGUGAAGCAUAGAAGAGACUUAAUCAAAGCUACAGAUAAUCCAGAACCACUUAAACCAUACCAAGACUUCAUUAUAGAUUCUAGGGAACCUGAUAUGAACUCCAGGAUCUGUGAGCUUCUAAAAUACCAAGGAGAGGAGCAUCUUCUAAAGGAAAUGCAAGAGUGGUCUGUCCCUUCUUUUCCUGUCAGUGGCCAUGAUUUAAGAAAAAUGGGAAUUUCUUCUGGAAAGGAAAUUGGAACAAUGUUACAGCAGUUAAGGGAUCAGUGGAAGAAGAGUGGUUACCAAAUGGAUAAAGAAGAACUCUUAAGUUGUGUAAAGAAGGUGUAAAAUGUACGAGUAGUAGGGUUUGAUGAUGAUUUAGUAAUACACAUAAUUGUAUUUACCUUGUUACAGGAAGAAUCAAAAUAUUUGUAAAUAUAAUGCUACUACCAGCCAAUAUUGCAUUUGAGUUCAAGACUUUUAGGCGCAGAAUUGUUUCAUGUUCAAAAUUCAUACUAUGCUUUGAAUGCAGGAGUUCAGCUCUGCAGUAACAUGGGGCUUUAUUUCUGCCAAUCUGACUGAAAACUCUACCUCUGUUUAUGUUUAAAUGGUACAUAAAGAAUACCUGGGGGGUUUUUAUCUCCAGUGUUCCUAAUGGCAAGUAGAGGUGACAUAAGGAUUUUUGAUAUUCUGAUUUAGCUACAGACAAGGUGGAUGACUUCUGUGCUCCAGAUAAAAACCUCUUUAAUGCAUUAUUUUUGCCUGGGGGAGUCUAAUGCUCCUAGACUAAUGAGAUCUAAAUAUUUUUUUAUAGUCAAAGCUGAGUAUCAGCUUGAAAGGUUCACUUCAGCAGUUCCCAAACAAAUGAUAUCUUAUCAUGUGAAACAACCCUGUUUUCCUAAAGGUUUUAGUUUUUAUCUUAAUUCCAAAAUCAACUUUAGAUUAAACGGAUGACUAGUCUAAAUCGAUACCAUAAAUAUCUACUUGGGUAUAAGUACUUUUUAUGUCUUAUGAUUUUUCAACCAUUUGUUUCUCAUUUUACAAGUAUACAAAUUUUUGGAGUCCCUCUGUCUUUUUUCUUAAAGUAUAUUUUAAUUUUUAUACAUGAAAUGAGGAAUAUUAAAGUGUAACAUGUAACCACUGAAAACUAAAGAAGAUCCAGAGCAGCUAGUCCAGAUUUCUCCUCCUAGUGUCAGGUAAUCACAUUUUGUCAUAGUAAAAGAGAACCACUUCCUAUUCUCCUUACUGACUAGAAGUAAUUCCCUUCUUACCUUUCCCUACAGUCACAGAUAUCAAAGGGAGUAAAAGGGUUAGGGUGUGUUUGCUUGAAGGCAAAGUGAACCUGAAUCAUGUACAGGGGUGUAUAUGUAAAAAAAUGUCUAGCAUUUGAGGGGAUAAGAAACUAAUUGUAAAAAUAUAUUUACUACCAUAAUCCCCCCCACACCUCUCAAAAUAACUGACUUAGGGUCUAGUUCCUGCUACCCUUACUUAUGUUUAGUGUCAUUCAAUGAAUAGUUGAAUUUAAAUUAGUGGGAUUAGUUCAGGAAAAAAGACAAUGACUCUAACAUUAGAUAGUAGUAAAAUCAGAGCAGUUUUACAGCAGGACGUGUAUUUGUGUGCUUUCAUGUAGCUAAUUACGGGGCGGGUUGGAAUUCCAGUUACUUACACAGUCAAGGCAUGAUAUAUUGUUCUGUAGAUAUUUAGGGCCAAUGAUCAGAAACUGAGGAGAAAACAUAAAUCCUUGAGUACUGUAUUUUCAUACUAAUAAGAGCAUGGUUGUAUUUUGUUAGUCUGUUGAUAUUCUUGUCACAGCAUUCUACCUUUUACAAUUUGUUAAAGUAUUUUUUUUUUAAUUUUGCCUGGGAAAACAGGAUACAAUUUAGCACUGAAGUAGAUUCUUCCUUCUAAGGAACUUAUAACACUUUACAAACUUAAAAUUAAUCCUUAAAGCAGCCCCUUGAGGUAGCAACUCAAUGCGGCAGCUUUGAAAAUUCUCUUUUCAGGGUGAAACUCUGAGGGCGGGUUUGGCAUCUUUGACUUUUCCAUCCUUAAACUUCACACUGUCAGCAGAUGGAGAAGCAAGUUGCUUUGAAAGUAGUGUGAUUAAAUACAAUCACUCUGUUUUUAUUGCAACCUGAUUAGCAUCUCAGAUCAAAUAGCCCAAUUAAAAUUCUUCUUAAAUUCAUGGUCCCUACCUCAGGUUCAUUGAAUACUCAACAUUACUGUUUCACAGAAUUUGGAAGAAAUUAAAAGAUGUGAGACAUCAAUUUUCAUAUCUGUAAAUGACUAACAUUUUAAACAAACUGUAUUCUAUUAAAUUCUAAAAAACAUUAAAAGCUGCUGUUAAUAGCUC